AAAAAUAAAAAAACUUGUUUCUAUUUCUCCUUUCUUCCCCAAGAAACCACAAAAUGUUGUCCGCUGGAUCUUCGGUUAAGGCUAGGUGAUCAACCUCCACUACCUCGCCCAUUCAAAUUUAAAAAAUCCUGAAUUUGUUUGAAUUUUCCGGCGAUACUAUGGAUGAAUCUUUCUUCGAUCUAAUGGAAUUCUUGAAGAAACCUACCAUAACCGAAACAUUCGUCGACAUUUUGUUAUGUGCGGUGCCCAUAUGGUUAGCAGUGAUGAUCGGGCUCUUCAUCGGUUGGGCUUGGCGUCCUAGGUGGACCAGCUUGGUUUUUCUAGGUCUCCGAUCUAAGUUCCGGUUCGUCUGGACUGCUCCCCCUGGGUUCGGAGCUCGCCGACUCUGGCUCGCCUUUACUGCUCUUUCCGCUUUCUCUGUUUGCCGUACUGUUUUCUCCAACUUUAUUAAAGGGAGAGCCAGGAAAUCGACUGCUGAAACUUCCAAUUCGGCCGUUCCUUUACAAUCUCCGUCGCCUACUGUGAGGAUUUCGCCUGAAGGAGCGGCUGGUACAGUUAGGUUAAUGUCCCGCACCUGCCCCACCACUAAGGCUGAAGAAAGGCAACAGGAUAUUGUCACUGAGAAUGAUUUGGCUCACCUCUUACAUUUACUUGAAGGCAAGGAAGGGGAGAUGGAAUGGCAAAAUAUGAUGGAAAGGACUACCCCGAACAUGUCAUACCAAGCAUGGCGCCAUGAGCCUGAGAAUGCCCCUGCAAUUUAUCGUAGUAGAACUGUCUUUGAGGAUGCAACUCCAGAGUUGGUCAGAGAUUUCUUCUGGGAUGAUGAGUUUCGACCAAAGUGGGACACUAUGCUUUCAUAUGUUAAAAUUUUGGAUGAGUGCCCUCGUACAGGGACAAUGAUUGUUCACUGGAUAAAAAAGUUCCCCUUUUUCUGCAGUGAUCGGGAGUACAUAAUUGCUCGAAGAAUAUGGGAGGCUGGAAAUGCUUACCAUUGUGUGACAAAGGGAGUGCCAUAUCCUGAUUUGCAAAAGCGUGACAAGCCAAGACGUGUGGAGCUUUACUUUUCGAGUUGGGUUAUCAGGGCAGUGGAGUCCAGGAAAGGAGAUGGACAGAUGACUGCUUGUGAAGUAGCUCUUGUACAUUAUGAAGACAUGGGGAUCCCGAAAGAUGUAGCAAAAUUGGGCGUUCGUCAUGGGAUGUGGGGAACUGUAAAGAAAUUGCACUCAGGCAUGAGGGCAUACCAGAAUGCGAGGAAAACCAACAGUUCCUUGUCAAGAUGUGCACAGAUGGCGAGGAUUACUACAAAAAUUUCUCCUGAUGAGAGCGCGGGUUCUCUUCGUCCUGCUACCGUGGAAGAUGAAAAGGAUCGAACUAUGGGUAUGAGGAGGGAGCAUGAUAAUGGGCUUGAUUGGAAGUGGAUAGCCAUAGGUGGAACCGUAGCGCUGGCUUUUGGACUCCAUUCAGGUAUAAUUGGAAAGGCAUUGUUAGUGGGAGCAGGGAGGAGAAUGGCCCGACGGUGAGGUUUUUUUCUGGGGAGGAAAUUCUAGAUUUGAAAUUACCCACGACACGCUAUUGAAAUGAAUUAUUUGUUAUGUACCAUAAUCAUAUAAUGAAAUGCCUUAGGGCAUGUUACUCCA